UGUGUGUGGAGUCUUUAUAAUAAUACUAGAACCAACUUCCUGAAGCAACAGUCCCUACAUCUACUGUCCCAUGAAUAGUGGUGUGUAUACUUCUACCGAAAAGGAGCAAAGAUUUUGAGCAUGAUUGUGCCUCACAAAGACUGUUUCACUACAUUUGAGGAAUCACAAGAUGAACCAUUUUGAAAAGGGUUGAUGAAAUAUGACAUUUGAAGGAAUUACCAUAAAUGAUGUAUAGCAACAAAUUCUACUUAUUGGAAGUGUUUAAUUAUCUGAACUGUGACACCCACAGGGUAAGCAAAGGGAGGCAAGCUGGCAUAGUUACUGUGGUCUGAUUACAUCACUGUCCACUAAUUUACUAUGACUUGCAUGAUCUGAAGUAUAUAAACACGGAAUACAACCCAAAAACAGGCAAAGAGAAGGGGGAACAUUUGUCCACAACAUUCAGGAUGAAGGUUAUUCUCUUCACCCUUGCUGCAGUCCAAACUCUCUAUGGUUCUGAACAAGCGUGUGAAAACUGGGACUUUGCUGUGGUUUCUAAGGCACUAACUGCUUCACUUAAAAAGUGGAAUGGAAGAUCUGCAACCGACUGUUACUUCACUAAUACUAGGUGUAACGUAAAUGCUAUAAUUCCUAAAGGAGAGCGCUUGCUCCAGGUAGACUUAAUAUUUGAUGUCCAGGAAACCACAAGGCGCCAAGAUGCCAAAAAUGAUCCAGCAGAAUGUCGGCUGAAAUCUCUCCCAGAUGCUAAAAGUGCUACUUGCACGAGCUGGGUCAUGUUUGAAGCUGGGAAGAUCCAGAAUGUUGAAGUCAAAUGCAGUGAGCCAGUUUCACCAAAUUCAAUACCAACUCCAUCGAUAGCUCCAGCAUCUACACCAACUCCAACACCAACUCCAUCGAUAGCUCCAGCAUCUACACCAACUCCAACACCAACUCCAUCGAUAGCUCCAGCAUCUACACCAACUCCAACACCAACUCCAUCGCUAGCUCCAGCAUCUACACCAAUUCCAACACCAACUCCAUCGCUAACUCCAGCAUCCACACCAACUCCAACACCAACUCCAUCGAUAGCUCCAGCAUCUACACCAACUCCAACACCAACUCCAUCGAUAGCUCCAGCAUCUACACCAACAUCAUCAUCGUCAUCAUCGUCAGAAAGCAGUGAAUCAUCAGAGGAAACCGAAAGAGUGAUGAACUACAAACGUAACAGGAAGAACCCUGGGUUAAAAGUGAGAGAACACGCUUGGAAUAAGAGAAAACAUAACUCAAAACGAAGGAAUUACAAACCAGGAGGAAACAAGCCUGACCGGACAAGAGGAAGGGGCAAUCCUCGGCAAGGAACACGUGACUAUUACCCUAAAAGAAUCUACAAAUUAAACUCGCGAGGCAGGAGGAGCUGGCAAUGGUGAAAUACCGAAUUUCAAAAGAAAACUGAAGAGUGAACGGAGACAUCAGGACAGAGGGAGGAGAUAAACAGGAAGGGAAUUCCACCUGGAUUAAACUGAUAACUUUCAAACAUUUAAUUAUAAGUAGCUUACUAUUUAAUUAUCAGUAAUCAUGCUAUAGCUUGUUAUACUGGUGUUCAAGAUAUUCUCACUGCUUAGCAAUGUCUGGCAUGUGAUCUGAACCUAGCCAACUGAAUCAUGUGAGAUAUUCGAUACCAGAAGUCAAUGUAAACCCAAAUAAUAAAUAGAACCUUG